AUGGAGGACAAUGGCGUGUUCUGGGAGAGAAUCAUGGUGGUGUCUAGGGCGCCGUGGGACUCUCAAGCCUCGCCCAUCUUCGCGUGGCGGCCCGCCCGCCCAGGCCUCUCCGCUCGGCGCGACUCGGCUCUAUUCGGCCAGACUCGGUCACGUUCGGUUGGAUACGAUAGACGCGCAGAGGCCCCUCCCCGGCCCAGCGGCCCCUUCCCGCCUUCCCGGGCUUUCCUGAUGGAGGCCGGGAGACAUGAGCAGAAUCUCACCGCAGCCUUCACCCAGGCCCCUGCCCUCCCCGCCACCCCCCAGCUGUGCUGCCGAAAAUUGGAGGUGGGCAUGGAAGAGGCUCCCCAAAAGGAAACAGGGAUGUCCUCAGAUGGUGCCAGUCCUCUAGGGGAGGUUCUGGCGCUUCGCUUCGAGGCCGGGCUGGAAGAAGUGAAGUCUGGGGGAGGCGACAAAGGGGACCGUGGCAUAUUCGGCACACCAGGAAAGCUGGGCAAGGAGGGUCCCCGGGGAAACCGCGGCCCACAGGGCACCAAGGGUGCCAAGGGGCAGGCGGGCAGCCCUGGCAGCCCAUGCCAGACACGCUCCUCCGCCUUUUCAGUGGGCCGCAAGACCGCCCUGCACAGCAGUGAGGGCUUCCAGCCGCUGCUCUUCGACACGGUCUUUGUGAACCCGGACGGGCACUUCAACCUGGCCACUGGCCACUUUGUUGCCCCCCUGGGCGGCCUGUACUUCUUUAGCCUCAACGUGCACAGCUGGAACUUCAAGGAGACCUACGUGCACGUGGUGCACAACGAGGUGGCGGCCGUCAUCCUGUACGCACAGCCCAGCGACCGCAGCAUCAUGCAGAGCCAGAGUGUGAUGCUGGCCCUGGUGCCCGGCGACCGCGUGUGGGUGCGGCUCUUCAAGCGUGAGCGUGAGAAUGCCGUCUACAGUGACGACGUCGACACCUACAUCACCUUCAGCGGCCACCUCAUCAAGCCCGAGGACGACUGA